GAAAUAAAUGCGGAGCUCGCUUGUCAUCAAUCUAAAAUACAAGAAAAAAAGUGCAAAAUUUAGGAAGAAUUUUUUUUUAAUUUUUGCCUGGUUAAAAAAUAAUAGAACAAUACUCUUUAAAAAAAAGACCAGUUUUUUUUCUUUAUUUCUCAGUGCUAGGAUCUGGAUGACAAGUCUAUCUUUUAACUAUCCUAUGGCCAAACUGCUCGUUUUGUUAUCGUUAGUACAUAUAUAUAUUGUGUACGAUCGUUAUUCCGGUGUGGCAGGAAAUAUGAUAAUUACCCGUAUGGUCUAGGCCGCCGUUUGAUAAUAACAUGCCGCUAAUAUAUGAUAAGCUGCGCACGUCUGCAGACCAUUUUAAAGUAAAACUAAUCAUCGAGGGAUCCUUAAGAGAUUAUGAUUGCAGAGAGACGCUGAAAGUGACACAUGUCUUAUUGUAAAAUAACACUGACAACAGUCAUUUUUAUCUUGGCCUUCGCGCAAACAAGUGUUUUAUUUAUUUCCAUUGGUGUGCGAUAAGAGAGAAUCAGCUAACAUGAUUGGAAUUGGAAUAUAUCAUUUGGGAUUAUAUCUGUUAUUAUUCGAAAGCUGCAUUGGCAAUUAUGUCAGAUGGGAUAUGCAACUGCUAUGUCCAGACUUAUAUCCAAAAGUAUUUACAAGCUAUUUGCCGCGUGGAAAUUUAACUGGUGGAACUUAUACUCAGCAACCUCACUUAUUAAAUAUACAAGACUGUGUUAUGGCAUGUUGCAAGAAAUCUUCAUGUAAUGUAGCAUUUAUGCACAAUAGUACAUGUUAUCACAUAGAAUGUGACACUUCCAUGAUGUGCAUACCAUUGUAUAGACCCGAAUUAGCAAAUGAUAAUCCACCAAGUAUGGUAUUAGUUAGACCUGUAGAGAGCAACAAAAUGUGGAGUGAUCUGUUGGAUCAAGUAGUCAGUGAUGAUACUAUUGGAACAUUGAGUACAGAUGGUAUUGAUCAAGAUCAAGUCUUAUUUAAUGCAAACAAGAUCGGUUGUAUAGAUCAAACAGGCUGUCUAGAUAAUGAGAUCUGUGUGAAACGUGAAGAUGAUGUUGGAAUUUGUCAAUGUCCUUUAGGCUUCAAGCGUAAUAUUGCUGGAACUUGUAUAAUGAUGGACGAAAUAGACACUGCUGAACUAGCUGUAACACAACAACCAAAAGUUUCAACUAUAAAAGAUGCUACCACAUCAAUGAAACCAACAAUGAAACAAUUGUUGGUCUCAGUGGUGUCCAAAGAAGUGAGAUUGCCAGAAAACGAAGUCACAUUGUCUGCAUAUACUGUUCCUGCUGAACGAGGAAAUCAACGCUACAAUUACGCAUGGAGUCUGCUGAGUCAACCAGAAGGUCAUACUGGAACAAUGACCGAUCAGAAUCGUGUUACUGUCAAGUUAAGCAAUUUGUCAGAAGGAUUGUAUACAUUUAAAGUAGCUGUGAGCAGUCCGAAUGCUUAUGGAGAAGCUUAUGCUAACGUCAGUGUUUUACCCCCUAAACGUAUCAACCAAGCGCCAAUUGCUAUAAUCACACCUGCUUCGCAAAUUGUGAAACUACCAAAUACAGGCGCGGUUUUAGAUGGCUCGAGUAGCAAGGACGACGAUCGUGUCAUCUCUUAUCAUUGGGAGUUGCAACAAGGUCCAAUUGGAUAUCAGCCCAACCUUGUGGAUACACCCACGCUUCAACUAAACAAUCUUAUUGCUGGCAAUUAUACAUUCAAAUUAACGGUUGAAGAUUCAGAUCACAUUACAAAUUCGACGAGUGCCAAUAUAACUGUUUUAAAAGUGACCGAUUAUCCUCCAAGCGCAAAUGCGGGACAAAAUGUUAUUAUUUAUCUGCCUCAAAAUACACUAACCCUCAAUGGCAAUUUGAGCACCGACGAUCGAGGAAUUGCGAGUUGGGAAUGGACAAAAAGUCCAUCCGAUCAGAAUAAAGCAGUUGAUAUGCAAAAUACAAGAACACCUUAUUUACAGUUAUCAAAUCUUGAAGAAGGAAUGUAUACGUUUGUACUUAAAGUCACAGAUGACUCCGAACAAUCUUCUACGGCAGAAGUGCAUGUGUUUGUAAAACCUCCAACAAAUAAACCACCAAAAGCCGACGCGGGUGACGAUAUAAGCAUAGCAUUGCCAACAACACGUGCUGUUUUAAAUGGUACAAGAAGCAAAGAUGACAUAAAGAUUGUUUUGUAUCACUGGGAGCAAGUAAGUGGGCCUAACAAUGCCGAAUUUGCAACAGCGAAUGAAUCUAUUACAAACAUUACAAAACUAACUAAAGGCGAUUAUGUAUUUAAAUUGACCGUUGUUGAUGAUAAUGGAAAUGCAGAUUCGGAUACGGUCAGUGUAAAGGUAACACAAAAUAAAAAUGCACCUCCGAAAGCAAAUGCUGGUGGCGAUCAAGUUGUGACAGCGCCGAUUAGCGCGUUAAUUAUUAAUGGUUCACAAUCGAGUGAUGACUUAAGAAUAGGACAGUGGCUGUGGACCAGAGAUCAAUCUAGUCUUGCGAUUGGCACUAUAGUUCAAGAUACGGAUAAAUCACCAGUUUUAAUGCUAACGGACAUAGUUCCUGGUCGUUAUGUUUUUCGACUAAAAGUAACGGAUGAUCAAGGUCUGAGCAGUGAAGACACCGUGUCGGUAAUCGUGAAACCUGAUCCACAAUUGUUACAUUUGGUAGAACUAACGCUAAACAUUGGGGCGAGCAUGUUAACUGUUUCGCAAAAAAAUUCGUUGGUAGUAAAACUACAAAUGUUAUUGCGAGACGAAGCUUCGAUUGUUGUACGAAAUUUGAGAGCAGAACCGCACACUGGAAAAGCUGUUUUGGUGUUUUACGUCGAAAAGAAGGGAGGAAAAACGUUGUCAGGUCCAGAUGUAGUUAAACGAUUGAAAGAAAAAUUGUUACAAGAUUCCGGUCUCUUACAGUUAUCAGUUGCUAAUAUAGAUACUGCUGUAUGUCAAAACAAUUGUUCAGGUCACGGUGUUUGCAAUCAAGAAACGAGACAAUGUUUAUGCGAAGCAUUUUGGAUGCAGAACUUAAUACAAAAGUAUUUUGGCAAUGGAGACUCUAAUUGUGACUGGAGCAUUCUAUAUGUGAUAAUAUCACUGCUAUCGUUAGUUGUAUGUUGGGUUGGCCUCAUUUGGGGACUUGUUUGCCUAUGCCAAAGAAUAUGCUCUGGUAAGAGACGUUUACUUCGGCCUAAGAAGAAACCAGCACGUUACUCAUUGCUGCAACCGGAGCCAGAAGAUGACAGCAGUGCAUUUUCAACUCAUAACAAGAUGGUGUUGUCGGAAUCGGACACCGAUUCUGACGAUGUUUUGUUCGAACAUCGUAAGAGUAAAAACGGCAGUCACAUAAGAAAUGGUAAAUCACGAAAUGGUUUUAUCAAAGUUGGAUCUCGAGUAAAGACAUGAGAAGUGCAAUGAUAACGGUGCGAAGAUAAAUAACGCACACAGUCGUGUAAGUCUGGCCAAACUUAAAAUACUAGUCAUAAAAAAAAAAAAAAAUGUAAAAUGACCUACGGUACCUUCUGAAAACGAUCAUCUAAAAGAUCGAUAACAAUAUUCUGAGAUAGAUGAUACUCUUAAGUAUUGUUUAUACAUACACAAAAGAGAACAUUAACGUGUCACAUACUACGUCACGUUAUUCGUCUUAAGUAUUACCCAAGUUUGUCUUGUUAUUUAUUGUGUGUGAUUUUUUUUAUAAGCGUCAAUAAUCGAUGAUGUGUUGAUCCAUAAUCAUCACGUCAUUCGUUAAACUAUUUGAGAGCUUAUCUAAGUAUUAUAUUAUGGCCUCAGAAAGUAUAUUUAAAGUCGAUAUGUGUAGUAAGCACACUAUCAUGUCUAUAUGUCAUUUAUAUAUGCUACUUAAUCUUUAAUAUGUACAUCGUCAAUCUUAUUUUUACACUAUGGAUAUUAAAUAAAAUUUACUAUCCAUGCACA